GCCGCAGUCCCCGCGGCUCCGGCGCAGCGCGGGAGCACCGUGGAGCGCAGAGCGCGGACCCGAGCGGGCAUGUCCCCGCGCUCGGGAGUCCCCGUCGACCGCCGGGCCCAGGUGGCUGCUAACUUGGCGGCGGGCUCCUGUGGCCCCGUCGCGGCCAUGUAGUCGCCGGCGGGGCUCCCUGCAACCCGGGAGCGGCAGUGCGAGUGAGCCGGAGCCCAGCAGCCCACGGCUUCCCCAGGAGGCGCUGAGUGCGCGCCGCGCCCCCGCCGUCCCUCGGGCAGCACUUUGGCCCGAGAGGGAAAUGGCGGAGAAAGUUUCGGAGGCGCCGGAGCCGGUGCCCCGCGGCUGCAGCCGGACUCCCGCCCCUGCGCCGGUCGCCGCGUCCUCGCCGGGUGCUUCCUUGGCCGACUCCUCCUCGGGCUCAGAAACUCUGUCGGAGGAAGGGGAGCCCCGCAGCUUCUCCCGCGGGCAGCAGCCGCAGCCGCCGCCGGGCGGCGCCCUGGGCGUCCGCCUGCCCGCCGCGUGGGCUCCCGUGCGCGUGCUGCUGGAGCGUGGAGUCCCUGCGCUGCCGCCGCCGCCCCCCGAAGGAGCUGCGCCGCCCGCGCCCCGGGGCAGCAGCGCGUCCCAGGAGGAGCAGGACGAGGAGCUUGACCACAUAUUGUCUCCUCCACCCAUGCCGUUUCGGAAAUGCAGCAACCCGGAUGUGGCUUCUGGCCCUGGAAAAUCACUGAAGUAUAAAAGACAGCUGAGUGAGGAUGGAAGACAGCUGCGGCGAGGGAGUCUGGGAGGAGCCCUGACUGGGAGGUACCUCCUUCCAAACCAGGUGGCGGGACAGGCCUGGCCAGCCUCGGCGGAGACGUCCAACCUCGUGCGCAUGCGCAGCCAGGCCCUGGGCCAGUCGGCGCCCUUGCUCACGGCCAGCCUGUGUAGACUUCUGGUUUUAGCAUGA